AUGAAACUGGACAAAUGGGGUUAUGAAGUGAGGACCUGUUCAGAUGCUUGUGUAUCUGCUAUUAACUCGUACUACGAACAGGUGCUUAGUUAUGGAAGAAACAGGUCAGUAAUAUUGGAAGCUCCGAAAUGUGAUCCAGAGUGUGUUUUGGGCAAUAUUUUGGCUGCCCAUUUUCUCUGCUCUUCUGAUUCUUCUCAUGCUGCUCAGCUCUUGGACACCGCCAAGUCUCAUCUUGAACGAGCAAGCUCAUAUGAGAAAUCUGUAUUUGAAGCUUUGGUAUAUUUAACUUCUCCAGAUAGAGAUGAUGAUUUGGCUGUCGAAAUGCAUUCCAAGCUGUUACAAGAUUUCCCUAGAGAUCUUUUGUCGCUAAAGAGAGCUCAAGUGCUAUGCUUUUAUAUGGGUCAACCAGAUCCAUCAUUGAAGCUCGUAGAACAGGUCCUACCAACAAAUGAGCAAGAGAGUUAUAUAUAUGGGAUGCUUGCAUUUCCUUUGCUUGAGCUUGGUCGAAUGGAAGAUGCAGAGAAAGCUGGCAAAAAGGGAUAUGAGAUCAACAAGGAUGAUCCUUGGUCUCAGCAUGCACUUUGCCAUGUUUACCAGUAUGAAUGUCGGUUCAAAGAAGCAGUGCAGUUCAUGAGUAACUGUGCAAGAUCAUGGGGUUGCUUAUCGUCUUUUAUGUACACACACAACUGGUGGCACGUUGCUCUAUGUUAUUUGGAAGGCCAUGCUCCUAUAGAAAAAGUGCAGGAAAUUUAUGACGAAUGCAUUUGGAAAGAACUUGAAAGAAGUGAUUGUGUGCCGGCUGAGGUAUACUUAAAUGCCAUUGGUUUGUUGUUGCGUGUGUAUAUACGAGGUGAAGGUGAAAUUUUCAAGGGUCGUCUACAGGAUUUAGCAAAGUGUUUGACAGAUCAAGACUUCUGGUUUACCGAGUGGCACCUUGAUAUCUUGAUAGUGUGGGCCUUAGCAUGUACAGGAGAAAUAAAUAAAGCAGAAGAACUGCUCGUUGGCUUGAAAUUUAGCAGGGUUUCCAAGAUGAGCGAGAAGAAAAAGAAACUAAUGGAGAGAGGACUUUCACUUUCAGAAGCUCUGUACAAGUAUGGCAAUGGCGAAAAUAAGGACGCAUUAGAACUUCUCGGCCACGACUUUGAUGCCAUUAAUUACAAGGUAAUCGGGGCAUCUGACGAACAGCUUGAUGUGUUCACCGAACUACAUAUCAUUUUGCUGCUAAAAACUGGAGAGGCAGUCAAAGCUAUACAAGCUAUUAAGAAACAGUUAAAAAAACGAGAGGGUGCACCGUUUUUAUGGCGUCUCUUGGAGAAAGCCUAUACAGCGUUAGGAAAGGAAGAAGCUGCAAGUUGUGGUCAGAAAGCUGGGGAGUUGGAAGCUGCAUACUUUAAUUAA